CGCAGCACAACAGAUGGUCCAGUAUUACUACAGACUCCAGGCUGCAGGAGCGCAACAAUCUGACGUAGUACCAAGUACUUUUAUUUCUCUAAAACUUCCCAGGGACGUGUAGUGUUACAGGAGUACAGGGGGGUUCUCCGAGGACAAACUCGACUCUGACGGUCACUGGGAUCCUAUAAACGUUCAGAGGCGGAAUUUGGUGUCAAGGUCAGGAGUGGCCAUGCCAUUUGGCUGUUUAACGAUCGGGGAAAAGAAGGAUUAUAACAAUCCUUCGGACGUGACAGAUAAAUAUGACAUGGGUCAGAUUGUUAAAUCGGAGGAGUUCUGUGAGAUAUUCAGGGCCAAGGACAAAACCACGAUGAAAAUGUACACAUGUAAAAAGUUCCUGAAGAAGGACGGAAGGAAAGUCCGCAAGGCUGCGAAAAAUGAGAUCGUCAUCUUAAAGAUGGUGAAGCAUCCCAAUAUUCUCCAGCUGGUGGACGUCUUCGAGACCAAAAAGGAGUACUUCCUCUUCCUUGAACUUGCAACAGGCAGAGAGGUAUUUGACUGGAUCCUGGACCAAGGCUACUACUCAGAGCGAGACACCAGCAACGUGGUGCGCCAGGUGUUGGAGGCUGUCGCCUACCUCCACUCCCUGCACAUCGUCCACAGAAACCUCAAGUUGGAGAACUUGGUUUACUUCAAUCGUCUGAAGCACUCUAAAAUCGUCAUCAGCGACUUCCAUCUUGCCAAGCUGGAGAACGGACUAAUCAAAGACCCCUGUGGGACGCCAGAGUACCUGGCUCCGGAGGUGGUUGGCAGACAGCGAUACGGCCAGCCUGUGGACUGCUGGGCAACAGGUGUCAUCAUGUACAUACUGUUGUCAGGCAACCCUCCUUUCUACGAUGAAACCGACGACGACGAUUAUGAAAACCACGACAAGAACCUAUUCCGAAAGAUCCUGGCAGGCGAUUAUGAGUUUGACUCUCCGUACUGGGAUGAGAUCUCAGAUUCAGCUAAGAGUCUGGUUGCCCGUCUGAUGGAGGUGGAUCAAGACCAGAGACUGACAGCCCAGGAGGCUAUAAACCAUGAAUGGAUCUCCGGCGGUGCAGCUUCAGAUAAGAACAUCAAGGAAAAUGUGUGCGCACAGAUAGAGAAGAACUUUGCCAGAGCUAAAUGGAAGAAAGCCGUGCGUGUCACCACCAUCAUGAAGAGACUGCGAGCACCUGAGAAUAGUGACUCGAGGGCAGCCAGCCCCGCGGCCGGCGCCCCAGCAGAAGCAGGCGCCGCAGCUCCCCUGGCCGCCGCCGACCCCUCUGCAACGUCGUCCGCCGCGACGUCCGAGGGAGUGCCCGCCGCCGUCACAGAGCUCCCUGCUGGAGCGGAGACAAGCCAACCGGCGCCAGAGGCCGGAGCCGGAGCCGUGGUGGCAGCCUCAGCCGGGGAGCCGCAGCAACCGAGCCCGGCGCCGCAGGAGGCCGAGCCCACAUCGCGUUGUAACGGAGACGCUUCGGUUGUUCUCCAUGCAGCCGCAGAGGCCGGGGAUGAGCAGGGAUAGACCCCCUCAACACCACCACCACCACCACCACCACCACCCCUCCCCAUGUGACCUCUGCAGUCCCCACCAACUCCUGCACACUGUACAUUAGCUGCUAGCAUGGUGACACUGACUCUGCUUCUCUCUCACUCGCAGCAUUAGCAUCAUCUCAUGGAGGCUGUGUGCUACCUUUCCUGAGUGCUGCGUUGCAUCGGCUUUCUUUCCACAUGUAUUGUGUCCUUUUUUCACUGACCCCUUCAGUGUUUUAUGUGAUUACACAGACCACGUCUAUCUCCGCACACUUGAGUUUUAGGGGCAGAAACAGAUUUGCCGUCAAGCUGUGGCUUACAGCUAAAGUCUUCUUUCUUAUCUCCUCUCAGCGAGAAUACAGGAAGACAUAAUUGUGCUGAAAACGGCUUUGAUUCCUUUUUAAUGAGCCGACUUGGGAAACUUCUUUCUGCCAGUCUUGCAAUUAAAAUAUUUGUUCUUAGAAACGGUAGAAAAGUUUUGCUUCUGAAAUUUUGACCUUGUAACCGUGAUACUCAGUAAGUGCUGGUCCUCCUCACACAUGGAGAAGAUCACAUGUUCCCACCACAGGGGAAAUUAUGGUUCUCUCUCGUAUCUGUUCUCGUCUACACUAACCAGCUAUUGUACUUUAAAUCAGGGGUUCUCAAACUUUUGGGGGGCCAGGGACCUCUUACAGGGGAGAACAUUUUUCCAAGGACCCCCUCUUAACUGUAACACCGAUAAAGCAUACUACCAUUUGUACUCUUAGAUGCUAGACUAUUUAUAUUGUAAAACUUUUCACCCUAAAUACAUCAGAGCUGUUUCACAGUGAUCAAGAGAAACACAUUUCAAUUUGAAUCAUGUGGAGAUAAGAUGAGAUAAUCUUUUAAAUGUCCCACAGCGGGGAAAUUUGUAAUAAUAUUGAUAGUUAUUACCUCUUAUAUACCUUUUAAACAGAGGAUGAUGUCAUUCAAAUUGCAUUUGACAGGAUUUAUAGGCUACAUUUCAAGUAACUGAUCUUAAAAGCUUUCUGAAAAUGAACAGUAGCGAGACUGAGAUAGCUCUAACAAAUGCAGAUAUUUAAACUUACAAGUCUAAAGAUACGGACACACCAACCCGACAUCAGAGAACUAGCGGCGAUGAAGGCCACCUGUUGUGUCGCCUCACGUUGCCUUUGCCCUGAGAGAGUGCCACCGACCCCUCAGGGUCCCCAAACCCCACUUUGAUAAUCACUGCGUUAAACAAUGCUGAGAUUGGUGACUGGGAGUUAUCAUGCCCAGUUGUGUAGUUUGAACCAGGCAGCUUCACACAUGAGCACACUCUCACACACACACACACACACACACACAGACACGCACACAGACACACACAGACACGCACACAAAAACACAAACACUACGUUCCUUUGCUAACUUCCUGCUCAGGAAAGAACCUCAUAGCUGUAAAGAUUCUGUAUAUAGAGACCUUUGUAGAAGUAGCCAGAACAGCAUGCAUUCUCACUUUCUGCUGUUAAUUUCACAUUUGGUGGAAGAAAGACGCGCUGCCGCCAAACUCCCGUCUUAUCGCAGGCCAGAGAACCAUCGCCUCCCGCCACAAGCCAUGCCGAGGCUAAUGUUCUUUUCAAAAGCACACUAUACAUUACGCCGUCUAUCGCCACUGUUCAUUUAGCACCCCUGCUGUCAGUGUAAGUUAUAUGAAUAAAUAACUGUCUUCAUUACAUAGCAGUUUCUAUGCAUUCAAAUUCAUUUGUAGCUUUUCUUUUUUAGAAACUUCAUGAAACAUCUUUAUUCAUCACCUUUUCGCUAGAUUUAGUUGACUUGUAUCUACUUUGGUUUAAUCAUGUCCGACUCAAAAUGCCACAUAUGUCUUAAUAUUUGGUUGUAAUUGUAAAACAAAAUGUGCAUUAACUGACCACAUGCGGCUUUUCAAGGGAAGACAUCAUUUAGACUUUGUGGUAACUAUAGGGUCAUCUUCACCCAACUCAGCUUUGCUGACCUGUAUUGUACUGAAAAUAAUGUAUGAAGCAUAUGUUUCUGAAUUUAUUUAUUUAUAUUUUUUAUUGCCAUAUCUCUUUUUGUUGUUGUUUAUUUUCAUAGAUUAUUCUCCUUAUACUUGAUGAACAGUAAUAACAACCUUUCCUUUUACUUGUCUCUGGUCCCCUCGAGCAUUAAUAAUGAGCUACAGAAGGAGUUCUCUGUAAUCACUCUGGAGGGAAAUUGAGCAAUAUUCGAAUGGCUGCAGAAACUGUGAUUCCUGGUGUCCUUUCGAUACAGUCCAUGUACCUGUAAGUAGAAGUCUAUAGUCCUCGCCAGCUGUCACUGAACUAACGCGUGGCUGCUGUCAGAUAUGUGUGUGUGUGGGGGGGUGAAUAAGACAAUAUUUGUUCUCACUCCCAACUCAUCAAAAAUACCGCUUGGUGCGUCUGAUACCGACACACGAGGCACACCUUAAGCUUCUGUAUGAGACGCGCCGGGCUUUCAACUAACCCAACCAACUAAACCCAACUGUGUCAUUAUUAGACGGUGAGAUUAACGUAGUAUAAAUAGAGACAAAGUCCGCUCUUAGGGAGGAGAUCGGGGUGGACGGUUGGGUCCAACAAACACCGACUUUCACCCAGGAGACCGCUGUUUGUGUCCCGUGUGACACCAAGUCACCGUUGAUUAAUUUUACCCUACUUUUGCUACGUAACUUACGUGCUGUGAGCUGAUAACGUUGCUUGCUCUGGAGUUAACCCCUAUCACCCCGCUCAGCCGCUGGUAUACAAGACACAGGAAACCUCUGUUGGUCUUGAGGAGCUGAAACUGCAACUUCCACUUUAAAUUCACUUGACAUUCUCAAAGCUAAACUAACUUCUGCACCGCUAGUACACUUGUUCGCUCACCCACAUUUGCUGCUGCUCUCUCUCUCUCUUGCUUCACCACUCACUUCCCACGUACUCCAAAUGACCUACGCUAUACUCUUACACCAGCUCUAGAUCGGGCCAUUCGUGUUUUCUUGUCGGUCACCGUAGUUCUCCUAAAGGCUUGGCACACGGGAGAGGUAGCAAUCUGCAACCUCACCAUUAGAUGCCGCCAGAUGUUA